AUGGCGUCUCCUAUCCUCAAACGUCCGGCUCUCGGACAAGUUUCCGCCCUAGGGAGUCUCUACGAUGCUCGCAGCGACACCUUCCUCCCAUUGUCCCUAUUCGAUGAACCUCUUCCUCCCGAUGCCGUGGAGAUCACCCAGCACCAAUCGCCCGAGGCCAAAGUGGUCAAUGGGGACACCUUCGCGGAGAAGUUCGAUGCAUGUGGCAUCGAUGGCGAGCUGGCCGUCAGCGUCCUAGCUGGACUUGCCAAGGUUGAGGGUUCCGGCCUCUACUUGUCCGACAAGCGCGACACGAACCAUGCUGUGCAGUCUUCUCUACACUACGAUUUCAUCACUGUAGAAGAGAAACUUAAUCUUACUGCCACUGGCAUCAAAGGAUGCGUCGCACUCAACCGUUUGGACGCCGAUGCCGCUACUCACAUCGUCACUGGUAUUCACUGGGGUGCCCGCUACGUGUUCACCGCUAAGCAACAACUUGAUCCCUCCAAAGACAGAAGCCAGGUUUCUAGCAACCUAGAGGCACAGAUGUCUUUGCUCAAGACAGCAGGACUGUCACGAGUCGAAGAUGAGACCUAUACCCAUUCUGAAACCUCUGUCGAACUGAGCGUCUUCGGAGACGACCUCGCUAAAGUUCCCUUCCUGACCAACUUUGCCGACGCCCAGGAUCUCAUCGAGAACAUGCCCGGCAAUAUCGCCAGAGCUGGUGACGGGAAGGGCCAGCCACUGGUUUACGCCCUAAUGCCGCUCUCUCUGCUCGCCGUGCUUCGGAUACUUGACAUCAAGGCCAACUUCACCUACCAUCAGCUGGGGGCUGACUGCGCCCAAAGAUGUGUGCAGCUAUUUGACGACAUCCAGGACGCAAUCCAACGACUCAGCGACUAUUUUGCUCGACUACAGACUCAUCAAGCCUGUGUUCCGCCUGAACAUAUUGACUUCAUUGCACAACUUCUUGCCAGGAGUAAAACCUUGGAAGUCAUCCCAGAGGCUGACUUCGCGAGCCUAGUCAAGGCAGCUCGAAGCGGCGAGGCGAGUGAGCAGCAACUUUGGAAUCGGCUCACAGCAUUCAUUGGAGAUGACUCGCCUCACAACAUUCUGUCCUCCAUGGCAUACGAAGAGAAGAUGGAUUUCCAAGAUCUUCUCAUGCGCGAGGGAGCAUACCUCGUCGGCUACGAGGGCCCGUCGGUAUCCUCCUUGUUGCACGGGAAUCAGUAUGACGACGCGUUUGUCUUUUACUUCAACGAACAUGUCCGUCAUCAUUCCGACGUAUGGGAGGAGAAUCUUGCAGCAUUCCUAGACAUUCUGAAAGAUCAGUCUCACCACAAACUCGCUAUCGCUGUCGAUCAGGGCGCGGUUGACCAUGACUCUCACGGCACUUCCCUGGAGAAGCCCUACAUCUCGCACUUGCGAAGAGGACGAGUCAUCAGUGAAGACCUUGUAGAGAAACGCAAGGUCUUGGCCGCCAACUGUGUGAUGCGCGUUGCCGAAGACGCGCUAGAUCCCUCCGUGAACGGCAAACCUCUCGACAGAAGAGCCGUCAAGAUUCCCUGUCCACGCCACAGCUGCGACCAGAAGCUGCAAUGCAACUGGAUCUGUGGCUCUUGCCAGUCAGCAGUCGAGUACGGUGUUGUCGAUGAAUUGCUGUACUGCGACUGCGGAGCGAGUGUCUACCACAAGUGGGAGUUCCAGUGCAACGAUCCAAAACACGGCUCACACUGGGAAAAGUAUAGCCGUCCUGAGCUUCUUCGAAAACUCAAGGCGCUCGAGCCGUUCGAGGAUCUCAACAUCUUGAUCCUGGGCGAGACAGGAGUUGGGAAAUCGACAUGGAUCAACGCAUUCAUCAACUACCUCUCAUACGAAUCAAUCGACGAGGCAUUGAACGCUGAAGACCUGAAAUGUGUCAUUCCUUGUUCCUUUCAGACACAAACCGCCGUUGACGGCAGAUUUGUCGAGACGGAAAUCAAGCUUGGCUCUAGUGAGUCGGAAAAGGAUGGUUCUGGAGGUCAAUCAGCCACGCAGUCGACCGAGGUGUAUACCGUCAAUAUCGGCAAGACGCGUGUCCGCCUUAUCGAUACGCCUGGAAUUGGAGACACCCGUGGUGUUGAUCAGGACAACUCCAACAUGAACGACAUCUUGACAGUCUUGCGGACUUACAACAACCUUCACGGAGUUCUCAUACUCUUGAAGCCAAAUGCCGCUCGAUUGACCGUCAUGUUCCGAUUCUGCAUCAAACAGCUAUUGACACACCUGCAUCGCAACGCGGCCAACAACAUUGUGUUUGGAUUCACAAACACCCGUGGCUCCAAUUACAAGCCUGGCGACACCUUCAAGCCCUUGAAUGCCCUCCUGUCCGAGUACAAGGACGUCAGCAUGGGUUUAUUCGAGAACAACGUUUACUGCUUCGACUCGGAAAGCUUUCGAUACCUUGCCGCCAAAAAGAAGGGCAUUGACAUUGGCCACUUGGAAGACAACCGUCGCAGCUGGGAAUACUCGGUCGGAGAGUGUGAGCGGCUCGUUAAGCACUGUCAAGGCAUCACUCCCCAUCAAGUGCGCAGCACCAUUAACCUCAACGAAACUCGUAACACGAUUCACCGACUGACAGAGCCUAUGACAUUCAUUGCCGAGAAGAUCAGAGCGAGCAUCGAUGUCAACAAUGAUGCUAUCAAGGAGCUUCGGGACUUUGAACUCACGCGGCAACAACUUCAGCAGCGCCUCUUCGUCCAAAAGGAGACUCUAACUUCGGAAAAAGUGGACAAACCGCAAACAGUCUGUACGCACGACGAUUGUGUCGAGAUUCGCACCGACUUCGAAGGCAAAAUGGAGACUGCCACAACCAUCUACAAGACGGUUUGCCACGAAGGCUGCUACCUAAAGAGCGUCGAUCGCAACAAAAAGGGUCACCCUGAAUUGCAAAAUUGCGCCGCGAUGGGUCUAGCUGGCAUGUGCAAAUGUGGCCACUCUUGGAUGGACCAUAUGCACAUCUACUACAAGUAUGUGCCGACGACUUAUCAACACCGAGAUGCGGCCACAGACAGAGAUCUCAUCAAGAACGCCGAUAAUAUCCAGCUCAGAGAGGAAGCAAUCCGGAUGAAGAAGGAGGCCAUUGAGGAGUUCAAGCUUGAGCACCGACAAGUCCAAGAAGCAGCUAUCCAAUUUGGCUUCUUCCUCAAGAGACACGCCAUCACGCCCUACAACGACGCUACCAUCGAGUACAUCGACAUGCUCAUCGACCAGGAGAGACAGAAGAUCAAGGUCGGGGGAUCAAACCAACGUCGUGGCAAACUUGAGAAGGAGAAAGCUGAAUAUCUUCAAAGGGUGGAAGUACUGGAAAAGGCCAUGAGGCAGGGCGACGAGUCCAAACUCCUGGAUGAUACGGGUGUGGCGCAGCUGGUCGAAAGCCUAUACGGCCUACCUCAUUUCGGAGACGACCUCCGAAACAUUGUCAACAUUCAGGAGAGGGCGGCUGAGUCUACAUAUCGAGAACGGUCCUGCAAUGUGUCAGGAGGGGCGCACUUCCAUCGUCGACGACAGAGAACCCAGACUCGGACUGGCGAACGACGCAAUGAAAAUCUUGGAGAGGGGCCGUCAGCUCCGGUGAAGAUCAUUUCGUCUUAUGAACCGAUCCCUGGAUCGUUUCCUAGGGAACCCACUGGAGGCACUGUCAGAGCGAAGCCACGUGCCCGUUCUGUAGCACCGAAUGAACCAUCUCAGGGGCAGGGAAUUUGGACAAAGUUCACAAAACUUGUCCGGGUCUUUUCAUGA